AUGACCAAAGUCACUAAGGCUAAUAUUAUAAGCCGAAUCCAAGAAAUCGCCACUUCAAGUAAUGCAAACGCCACUUCUAUAAUCUCAGAUGCCAUUUAUGUCAUCAGCGCAGGGAGCAGUGACUUCAUACACAACUACUACAUUAACCCUGAUCUCCUCUACAAAGUUCAGUCACCUGAUGACUUCUCUGAUCUCCUUAUCCUCUCCUACUCCAACUUCAUCCAGAAUUUAUAUUCUUUAGGAGCAAGAAGGAUAGGAGUGACUACACUUCCACCAUUGGGAUGUUUACCAGCUGCCAUAACAGUGGCUGGUCCACACGAGGGUGGAUGCUCAGAGAGUCUUAACAACGACGCAGUCUCAUUCAACAGCAAACUCAAUGCGACGUCGCAGGAACUUAAGAGAAGCCUCAUUGGACUCAACUUAGUCGUCUUUGAUAUCUAUCAGCCUCUCUAUGAUCUCGCCACAAGACCAUCCGAAUUUGGAUUUGCAGAGGCAAGACGAGCUUGUUGUGGAACAGGACUGCUAGAGACAUCGAUACUGUGUAAUCCUAAAUCAGUAGGGACAUGUACUAAUGCAGCUGAGUAUGUAUUUUGGGAUGGGUUUUGCCCAUUUGAAUUUCAAGACAUAAUCAAGAUUUAUAUCUAG